AUGGUCCACCCUGUGGAAUCGUUCCACCCCUGUGGAAUCGUCCACCCCUGUGGAAUCGUCCACCCCUGUGGAAUCGUCCACCCCUGUGGAAUCGUCCACCCUGUGGAAUCGUUCCACCCCUGUGGAAUCGUCCACCCCUGUGGAAUCGUCCACCCCUGUGGAAUCGUCCACCCUGUGGAAUCGUUCCACCCCUGUGGAAUCGUUCCACCCCUGUGGAAUCGUCCACCCCUGUGGAAUCGUCCACCCCUGUGGAAUCGUUCCACCCCUGUGGAAUCGUCCACCCCUGUGGAAUCGUUCCACCCCUGUGGAAUCGUCCACCCCUGUGGAAUCGUCCACCCUGUGGAAUGGUCCACCCUGUGGAAUGGUCCACCCUGUGGAAUCGUUCCACCCCUGUGGAAUGGUCCACCCUGUGGAAUCGUUCCACCCCUGUGGAAUGGUCCACCCUGUGGAAUGGUCCACCCUGUGGAAUGGUCCACCCUGUGGAAUCGUUCCACCCCUGUGCAAUCGUCCACCCUGUGGAAUGGUCCACCCUGUGGAAUGGUCCACCCUGUGGAAUCGUUCCACCCCUGUGGAAUCGUCCACCCUGUGGAAUCGUCCACCCCUGUGGAAUCGUCCACCCCUGUGGAAUCGUCCACCCUGUGGAAUCGUCCACGCCUGUGGAAUCGUCCACCCUGUGGAAUCGUCCACGCCUGUGGAAUCGUCCACCCUGUGGAAUCGUCGCCACAGGGGUGUGAAAACGGCCCGCGGUCACAUGAAGGUGUCCUUUGA